AAAGAAAUGAAUGCAGAUGCGGUAUUUGCUUUCCAGCUUCGUAAUCCUGUUCAUAAUGGACAUGCAUUACUGAUGCAAGACACCAAGCUUCAUCUGCUGGAUAGGGGCUAUAAGAACCCUGUCCUUCUCUUACACCCUCUGGGAGGGUGGACAAAGGAUGAUGAUGUUCCACUAGACUGGCGCAUGAAACAGCAUGCCGCUGUGCUGGAAGAAGGCGUUCUGGACCCAAAGUCAACCAUUGUCGCCAUUUUUCCCUCUCCAAUGCUGUAUGCAGGACCCACUGAGGUUCAGUGGCACUGCAGAUCUCGUAUGAUUGCUGGAUCCAACUUUUAUAUUGUGGGGAGAGACCCAGCUGGCAUGCCACAUCCUGAGACUAAAGAUGACCUUUAUGAGCCAACACAUGGGGGAAAAGUGCUCAGCAUGGCUCCAGGUUUGACCUCU